CGGAGCCCACCGCCAGCACCACCACCCGCUGGCCACAGCCCACCUGCCGCCCCGCAGCCCUCCUGCCCUUGCACCUGGACCCGGCUGUGAGAGGUCCCAGGCUCUGGAACCUGUCUGCUUGCUCCCUCCAGGUUCGUCCUCCAGCUCUGCUUCCAGCUGAAGCAUGAAUGGCCUCGAGGUGGCUUCCCCAGGUCUAACUGCCAACUCCUCCCUGGCCACUGCAGAGCAAUGUGGCCAGGAGACGCCGCUAGAGAACGUUCUCUUCGCCUCCUUCUACCUCCUGGAUUUCAUCCUGGCUUUUGUUGGCAAUGCCCUGGCCCUGUGGCUUUUCAUCCGGGACCACAAGUCGGGUACCCCCGCCAACGUAUUCUUGAUGCACCUGGCCGUGGCCGACUUGUCCUGUGUGCUGGUCCUGCCCACCCGCCUCGUCUACCACUUCUCUGGGAACCACUGGCCAUUUGGGGAAAUCCCGUGCCGCCUCACCGGCUUCCUCUUCUACCUCAACAUGUACGCCAGCAUCUACUUCCUCACUUGCAUCAGCGCUGACCGCUUCCUGGCCAUCGUGCACCCUGUCAAGUCCCUCAAGCUCCGCAGGCCCCUCUACGCGCACCUGGCCUGUGCCUUCCUCUGGGUGGUGGUGGCCGUGGCCAUGGCCCCACUGCUGGUGAGCCCACAGACCGUGCAAACCAACCACACGGUUGUGUGCCUGCAGCUGUACCGGGAGAAGGCCUCCCACCAUGCCCUCGUGUCCCUGGCCGUGGCCUUCACCUUCCCGUUUGUCACCACUGUCACCUGCUACCUGCUUAUCAUCCGCAGCCUGCGGCAGGGCCCCCGCGUGGAGAAGCGCCUCAAGAACAAGGCGGUCCGCAUGAUCGCCAUGGUGCUCACCAUCUUCCUGGUGUGCUUCGUGCCCUACCACGUGCACCGCUCUGUCUACGUGCUGCACUACCGCGGCCACGGCACCUCGUGCGCCGCCCAGCGCGUCCUGGCCCUCGGAAACCGCAUCACCUCCUGCCUCACCAGCCUCAACGGGGCGCUCGACCCAGUCAUGUACUUCUUUGUGGCCGAGAAGUUCCGUGACGCCUUGUGCAAUUUGGUCUGUGGCAAAAGGCUCUCGGGGCCACCCCCCAGCUUUGAAGGGAAAACCAAUGAGAGCUCGCUGAGUGCCAGGUCUGAGCUGUGAGCCCCGCAACACCAAGCCUGAGCCCAACCGCAGGCUGUCCUCAGAAGGACUCCCGCAUCAGGGUGCAAGCCACCCAGACUCAUGAAAGAGAGGUCCACCUACUCUCCAUUGGGUCACCCACUCUCUCCAAGGGCGAAACUCGGCACCCAGCACCCAGUUCUGCCUUAUCUGAUAUGCAAAACCCUAAUAGGGGACAGCCCUUAACAGGACCAGUCAGCCACCCCCUCUGACAGAGACUGUUUGACCCUGCUCACUUACAGUUACUAGAUAUUCAAUGACUUCAGCCUGUGGCGAUGAGACUGGAGGAACAGUUCCUGCACAAUGCGUGUCUUUCUUUCCCAGGGGCUGCUUGCUCGACUCCCAACCUCCCUCCACAAGAAACACAGAGCAGCGCAGCUCUACCGAGAGAAGCCCAGAAGGCAGCUGUGAGUGACUCCAGAGAAGGGGGUGCAGAACUCUUGGAGGAGAGGAAGGAGGGGUGUGUGGAUGUUUCCAUUGAAGCUCAGGGCGUUCUGAGUUCCCUGGGUGUCCCCUUUGCCAGAUGACCCCUAUGUUUAGGGGACAGGGACUCUAACUUAUAACUGAGGGUUGUGUGUACCUUUCAGGCUGGCCACCAGGUGACACCCAACAAAUGCGGCCUGUGGGGCCCAUCAUCGCAGUGCGGGGUUCUUGGCCCCGCCCACUGUGAACCCACACGCAGACCUGCACGUGGCCUGACAAUCCCCAAAGCUUCUCAGCAGCUGCCCGAUCCCUCUUGAGUCCUGGGCAAGCACGCGGCCUAAAUAGACAGAUAUGGGGAGCCAGGCCUUGUCACCGCCUGAGGACACAACUGGCAGAGAGCCUGGCAUGUGACCCUGGCCCCCACUAACCCAGACCAGCAGGGCUGUCCUUAGCCCUGCUCCCUCCCAAGAGGCUCUCCCAGCCUCAGUGGGCCAGCCUGGGGGCCGUUUUGCUCCAGAGCAUGGCACCUAGCACCCUAGCGGCUCCCCAUUUAUACUGAUUAUACUGACCAUAAACACAAGUGUACUUGAAGAUUCUGAAGGUUACUGGGUUUGGCUAACAUAAGUUCCUUCCCAGAACUUCUCCCUUUGACCCAAGAGUGGCAACGUGGAAGUGAAGACAGGACAGGACAGGCAGCACAUGCUGUUUUGCCUCUGGUUCUGAACGUCCUACGCAGGCCUGGCCCACGUGGAUGCUGAAGUUCUGCAGCAUGGGCCCCAGAGGGCCUGGAGGGUCUGUGGGGGGGCCAUGCUUCCUCUACAGCAGUACCGUACUUCCCUGAGCGCUCCCAGCCUCUCCCGCUUUCCCCAGCAGCCAGUGCUGUAGCGCAGAAGAAGAGAGGACACGCCCAGGCCCACACCCGGCAGGCGACCCGGGUCAGGACCCCCGUGACACCAUCUACCCCCCACAGCCCUUCCUGCCAAGUGCCCUGCAGACACCAGCACCGACACCAGACAACAUGGCCAGCAAGCGGGUGACAUCGCUACAGGCAGCAUCCAGAGCAAGCGGUGUGGCAGCAGAGGACAGAGGGGGUACAAGUACUCAGGCAGAAGGGGGGGGGAGUCAGAGACAGCAGGGGUGGGCGCUCAUUCUUCCCUGGCACGGGGAGGAGAGACCAGCAUCCAGAUGGGGCCUGUUGCGUUUGGGAGACUCGGUGGGCUCCAAGCAAAGACGGUACAUGGGUAGCUGAGAACCCAAGGGAAUGGUGUAGUGUGGAGGGGUGCAUCCAGAU